CGAACCGCUGACGGAACAAUGAUGCUGGUCAAUGGCCCGCUUCACCGCCCGACUGUCUCCACCGCCUGCUGCAGAAAGGCAAGAGUCUGCGUUGCCUAGCAACAGCCUGCACCUAAACAUUCGGCGCUGCCAAACCCGUUGCAUACCUACUUCUUUAAAUCUACAACGCAACCACAUGUUCCCACCCAACAUCGCUCCAUACUAACCCCAGCAGGUCUCAGUCACACAGUCUCGACUCAUAAAUGCCAUAGGCUACUAUACCUCGCUCUCUCGCCACUUAUUCCCGACUUUCACCUUCUACUUCAUCUCCUUGUCUGCGGUCUUUCCUCCCAGCAGCCACAAUGGCAAUUGCGUUAGCGGAGGCAGACAAGUAUGAGGUGCUUGAAAAGAUUGGCUGCGGUUCCUUCGGGAUCAUCCGCAAAGUUCGACGAAAGGCAGACGGUUUUAUACUAUGCCGCAAGGAGAUCAACUACAUCAAAAUGUCGCAGAAGGAGCGAGAACAGCUGACGGCCGAAUUCAAUAUCCUAAGCUCUCUGCGACACCCGAACAUCGUCGCCUACUACCAUCGCGAACACCUCAAAGCGAGCCAAGAUCUCUACCUUUACAUGGAAUACUGUGGUGGUGGAGAUCUCAGCAUGAUCAUCAAGAACCUAAAAAAGACGAAUAAAUUCGCCGAGGAAGAAUUCGUCUGGCGCAUUCUAUCUCAAUUGGCGACGGCCUUGUACCGCUGCCAUUACGGUUCAGAUCCCGUCGAAGCUGGAACUAUUCUGGGCCCUGCCCCUAAGCAGUCUGGUUUGAAGGGAAAGCAGGCUCAGAUGACUAUCCUUCAUCGCGAUCUCAAACCAGAGAACAUCUUCCUUGGUAGCGACAAUACCGUCAAACUCGGUGACUUCGGUCUGUCGAAGUUGAUGAACUCCCAGGAUUUCGCCUCUACCUACGUCGGGACCCCAUUCUACAUGUCGCCCGAGAUCUGCGCAGCAGAGCCUUACACGUUGCGGUCUGAUAUUUGGGCUGUUGGCUGCAUUAUGUAUGAGCUUUGCCAAAAAGAGCCUCCCUUUAACGCCAGAACCCACAUCCAGCUCAUCCAGAGGAUACGAGAAGGCAAAUUUGCUCCUUUGCCUGACUUCUACUCACCCGAGUUGAAGAAUGUCAUUGCGAGCUGUUUGCGCGUCAACCCCGAUCAUCGCCCCGAUACUGCCGCUCUGAUCAACCUUCCUAUUAUCCGCCUGAUGCGUAGGGAGAAGGAAGUCGCGGAUCUCGAAAAGACCCUACGGAGGCGCGAAGAGGCCGCUGUUCAGAAGGCCAGAGACGUGGAACAAGCAUACACCAAACUGGACAGAGAGAAGCAGCAGAUCAAGGCUGAAUUGGAGAAUACCGUCCGACGAGAAUGGGAAGUCAAGGCCCGCCUGGAGAUCGACCGUCAAGUACAGAAUGAACUCGAAAAACUUCGGAAGAGAUUCGAUUUCGAAGUUCAGGAAAGGGUUGCGCUGGAGGUUGAGAAGCAAAAGAAGAGCGCUGCUCUCAAAGAGGAUACCAUUUCCCGAUCGAACAGCCAACAAUCCCAAUCAUCCAACAGCAACGACGAUACGAGUAAUCCUUCGAGCACGGAUAUCAGUCAGCUGUUGCUGGAAUCUCCGGCCCCCAGCAAGGCCCCACGCAAGGAGACGCGCACUCCCCUGACCCGUUCAAAAACUGUGGUCGAGUCACCAAUGGAUGUUCAAAUGGCCGAGCCCUCGCCCAUCUCUAUCGCAUCGCUUUCCUUGUCUCCCCGCCGCACGUCUGGAACCUCUUCCGGUAAGAACAUUUUCGCUGAAGCCGAGAGACAGCGAGCGAAGUGGGAACCCACUCUGGCUUACUCCGAUGACGAAGACGACAUCCCUGAUCUACCUUCUCCCACUCGUCCCAAGGUUAAGCCAGAUCCGUUCAAAGCCCCUUCACGCCCGCUUCUGCGACAGAACACAGCUGCUUUCAUGCAGAAGUUGAGCACCCAACCGCCCAUCUUCCCGACCAACGCUUCCCGACUACCACAGGUGUCCGGUGGUCUCUCCGACAUGCUUCCCAGAGAAAGCAAGCCCCGGUCGCCACAUCGGCGUUUGUCGAAAAUCCCGUCUUCUGCCAACCUGGCUGCUGAUGCUGGCUCACCGACUCGCAAGACUGCCGUUAAGCAGCUGCCAUCCAAAACCAACAGCGGCGGUGAGGACAUGUACAAGGCCGUGAUGCAGCGGAAUAUGGGCGGGAGGACGUUAGUUGAACUGGCGCAGGCGCGCGCAGGUGGCCGUCCCGUUGAUGAAAUCAAGCGGUGUGCCAGUGACUCCCGCGGUCUGAAGUCAAGCGCGCGAGACCCUCCGGCUGUGUGGGAUCCCGAAAAAGACGAGAUGCCCAGCCCCUUUCUGGUUCGCGGAAGAAAGAUCAUUCGCAAUCUGAGGUAGCUACCCUCUCACGAGGCGAGUGGCAUGCCAUCGACGUUACCCAUACAUCACCGACUCUCAGCUUUCAUGUCUUUCGGUUUCGCCGGUUGAUCCGCAAAACCUUACGACAGACACACUUUUUGGGUAUCUACUAUUGGCGUCUGAUAUCGUCAAUAUACCAUCUAAUAAUUCAAGACAU